AUGGACGUGAUGUGGGAUUUCCAGAUUCCUGCAGAUCCGCCGCGCCUGGACAUGAAUUCGGCGGAACAGACGGUUACGUGGCUGAUCACGCUCGGGGUGCUCGAAUCGCCGAAGAAGACCAUCUCGGAUCCCGAAGCCUUUCUGCAGAGCUCGCUGAGAGAUGGGGUGGUCUUGUGUAGGCUGCUGGAGCGGCUCAGCCCGGGUUCCACGGAGAAAAUUUACCAGGAACCGAAAAACGACGGCGAGUGCCUGAGCAACAUAAAGGAGUUUCUGAAGGGCUGCACAUCGUUCCGCGUCGAGCCGUUCGAGGCCAGUGACCUGCUGCUGGGCCUGAACUUCUCAAAGGUUCUCAGCAGUCUGGUUACGCUCAAUAAAGUGACGGCAGAUAUUGGCGUGGGCAGUGAUUCAGUGUGCGCCCGACACUCAUCCGCCCAUCGCAUCAAGUCGUUUGAGUCACUGUCCUCGCAGCCUUCGCUGAGCCGAUCCUCCAAGCUGCUGCAGAACCAAUUUCGCAGUCUGGACAUGUCAGAAAACAGUGGACAGGUGCUGGUGAAGGCACGGUUCAACUUCCAGCAGACCCACGAGGAUGAGCUCACCUUCAACAAGGGCGACAUCAUCAGUGUGACCCGUCAGGUGGACGGCGGCUGGUGGGUGGGGACGCUCAAUGGCAAGACCGGCUGGUUUCCUAGCAACUAUGUGCGGGAUGUCAAAGGCUCAGACAAACAAGUGUCCCCCAAAUCUGGCACCCUCAAAAGUCCCCCUAAAGGCUUUGACACUUCUGGAAUCAGCAAAACGUACUAUAAUCUGGUGUUACAGAACAUUUUAGAUACAGAGACAGAAUAUUCCAAGGACCUCCUCGGCCUCCUGACAAACUACCUGCGACCUCUUCAAAACAUCGACAAGCUCAGCAGCUCAGAUGUGGCUCUAAUUCUGGGGAACCUCGAAGAGAUUAGCACCUUCCAACAGAUGUUGGUCCAGUCGCUGGAGGAGUGCACCAAGCUUCCAGAAAGCCAGCAAAGGGUGGGCGGCUUUUUUCUCAACCUCAUGCCACAGAUGAAGGCUCUCUAUGUUGGUUACUGUUCCAACCACCCCUCGGCAGUUAAUGUGCUUACCCAACACAGUGAAGUUUUAGGUGAUUUCAUGGAGGGGCGUGGCGCCGUCAGUCCUGGGAUCCUCAACCUGACAUCGGGCCUUAGUAAACCCUUUAUGAGACUGGACAAAUACCUCACAUUACUCAAAGAGCUAGAGAGACACGUAGAGGAGGGCCAUCCUGACCGGCCAGACAUUCAGAAGUGCAUGACAGCUUUUAAAAGUCUAUCUGCUCAGUGCCAGGAGGUCCGGAAACGAAAGGAGCUGGAGCUACAGAUUCUCACUGAGACCAUUCGGCUGUGGGAGGGCGACGACAUCAAGACCCUGGGCUCUGUGAUCUACAUGAGCCAGGUCUUGGUUCAGAGUCCUCUGCCAGAGGAGAAGAAUGAGCGUUACCUUAUGCUUUUCCCCCACGUCCUCCUCAUGUUGUCUGCUAGCCCCAGAAUGAGUGGCUUCAUAUUCCAGGGAAAACUGCCCUUGGCUGGCAUGACAGUGACCAAACUAGAAGACUGUGAAGCCCAUAUAGAUUCCUUUGAGCUCAACGGUACGAUGUUCGACCGUCUCGUGGUGAUGUGCGCGAACCAGCAGGACCUGCAGGAUUGGGUGGAACAUCUGACGAGGCAGAUCAAACACACUGCCGCCACGGCGCCGAGCCACAAACCACUCACUGUUCCCUGCCACACGCUCCCAUCCCACCCACUUACGCCAUCCCGGCACGCUGAGGGGAGGGCCAUGACAGUAGCUCCUACCUAUCACACCCUGCCUCAUCCGUCCUCCCAUGGGACAUCCCACAGCACCAUGAUGUGGGGCCCACUGGAGCCACCCAACACCCCCAAACCCUGGAGCCUGAGCUGCUUACGGCCUGCACCUCCACUACGGCCGUCUGCGGCCCUCUGCUACAAGGAGGAUCUCAGUAAAAGUCCUAAAAGUGUGAAGAAACUUCUUCCAAAGCGCAAACCCGAGAGGAAACAGUCCGAGGAGGAGUUUGCCUUGAGGAAGAGUACGGCUGCUCUUGAAGAAGACGCUCAGAUCCUGAAAGUAAUCGAGGCAUACUGCACCAGCGCCAAAACCAGGCAGACUCUUAACUCUACCUGGCAGGGCACCGACCUGAUGCACAACCACGUGCUGGCCGAUGUUGACCAGUCCAGCGUGGACUCACUGGGCCGCCGCAGCAGCGUGUCUCGGCCGGAACUGAGCUCCGACCUUUCGGAAGACUCUGACUAUGACUCCAUCUGGACCACCCACAGUUACAGGAUGGGUUCGGUACCGCGCAAGAGCUGCAUCUCCCACCAGAACUGAGGAGCGCACAGCACUGCCAGGCUGUGCCCUCGUGUGGCGUCCAGUGCGCUUACCUCUUUUACCCUCAGUGUAUUAAAGAAAUAGAAUUUCUUUUCUUAUUUAUGUAUUUAUUUUCUAUUAAAUGUGUUGAUUUUUUUGGUUAACUUAUUUGUUUAAUUUAUUUUUCAACUGUCUGAAGAUGUUUGAAGCAUUUCCCUGUUGCCUUUUCCACUUUCCCUUUUAUGUGCCUCCUAUCUUUCUGUAGUUGUCAUGCAGUAAGUGUUAGGUAAUUGUUGUUCAUUUUUCUUGAAUGUGACCGCUCCCCUUAUUUGACCAUAAAUGCGGUGGAGUGGAUAGUCGCAGGAUUUUGGCAUGGAGCAUUGGGGAUGAAGCGAUGGGGACUAAGCUUUUCCUGUCUGAUAUUCAGAUACAAUUCAGGACGGACUGUAUUCAAUUUACAGUUUGCUACUUCUCCUCGGCGUGUCUUUUUGGUCAAACAUAGCACAGACGCUACUCAAGCAGGCACAGACAAGUUCAGGCACACACACCCAGCUGUCAAAUAUCAAUACAAAUUCACAACAUUUCAUAUCAGUAUUGUUUAACGAUUUAUAUUUGUACUCAUGUUGGUAGCCCUAAGCUGGAUGAAAUUGAACAUAACCAGAAAGCUGUUAAACACUCAAAAUCAUUGCCUAUUUCAGUCAAAGCGAGCCCAUUGUUUGUCUUUUGUUGCAGCUGCAGCAGAGAUGGGUGAUAAUUAAGUCCUUUUCACUAUCUACUCAAGGAUUUCCAACUGGAAAAAAAGGCAUUAGGCCGAAUGAGUUAUAUUUGUGAUUCGUCGUUUUGAAAAACAGAAAUAUAGAUGAACAAACAACAGAAGUGGUGCAUAAACAUGUCGAUGAUUUCCUGGUAUUUGUCAAUGCAAAUGACACUCGAUAAAAUGAAUUUGCAUGAGGUCAGAAGCAGAGUCGAAGCUAAACUUUAACCCUAUCAACUGUAAUAACUGUCCCUAUUAGAUUAUCUCCGUAGCAAAAUCCUGAUAAACCUAGAGCAAUACCUCAGUGUCACGAGGUUUUAUCUAUACUAUUCUUUAAAUAUUACACUAUAGAUAUUAGCUUUUGAAUACAGAGUGAAACUGUUAAAACUGUAAUGCAAUUUGAAUGUCUUAUUUAAGUUGAUCUUAAAAUAAUUUGUGAAAUAUUUUUGCAAACAGCGCCAUCUUAUCUAGUGUUGCAUGUCCAAUGAAUUACACUGAUCUACUGUCACUGAAAAUUACCUUGAAGCCAAAGUAGGAUGGUUCAGGUAUUUUUAUUUAUAUUUGUAUCUCCUUUGGAACAGAAAUUAAUAGAGUGUCAUCCCAUAAUUCACUUCAGCUACAAAAUUAAAAUGUAUUGUUGUGUUUUAAUGAAGUUAUUGGCAGUUUUUGUUUGGAAUUUUAAAAAGAAACUUUAGUGGGAGUUCGGCAGUUAACAUAAAUAAACAGAUUAGCUAAAAGAAUCAGCUGAACCCUCUUGUAGGUUUCCAGACUUUGGCAUUGACAUUGCAAAUUUUUGCCAGCCUUAUUAUGACACUAAUAAGAUAAAUGCCUCUCUGUAACUACUGCAAUGAGAUUGUAAUAUGCUAUAAAACGCAGUUUAACAAUGUCAGUGUGAUCCGGUUAUGUUAGCAUAAUUUCCAAACACCCCAUAGAACAAACUGACACCUAUGCUAAUGCCUAUUGAGCCACAUCAGCCAUUGCUGGCGCUUUGAGGCUUUCCAUUCAUUAUUUUGCAUCAAUAGCUAUUUUUAUGAAGAAGUAUUUUUCCAGUAUUGGUGUGAAAAGUACAGGUUGACAUCCUCUUAGAGUGAGCAAAGGAAGUGACACAAGGCACAUAUCGGUCCAUGUUACAGUUUUAGCUGAUUUCUUUUUUUAACUUAUGCGUACAUAAGUUAAGUAUUUCAUUAUGUAGGUAUAACUUUUGCAUACAGUAUAUUAUUUUCUCAUUACGUGAAUCAAUGUUUACAAAGUAAUUCCUGGAAGAUUUUUUUUUUCUUUUCUAAAAAACAUUCUAUGGGUCUUUAUCAAAGUUUACAUUUAAAAUAUAAAAUGAAAUGUUUAAAUUAUUUUGCACAAUCAUGUAAUGGGCCAGUGGGAGGGGUGGGGAUUCUGUUAAACUCAGUAUUUUUACUUCUUAGCCUACCUGGAGUAUGUAUGGUAUAAUCCUAAAGGUAGAAUUAAGUAUUCAGUGUUACUGUAAAGUGAAUAUUCAUUUGUUGUGUAAAUGCCUUACCUUUGGUGUUUUGAUAAUGCUGAGGGUAAAAAAAAAACUGCGAGAGAGAAAAAUUACACUGCAAUUAUAGUGGAACAUGUCUAUGUGAACUACUCAUUCAACCUCAGAAUGCUGUCCGAGUGGACUUGAGUUAUUAAGAGCACAUAUUGUCCCUUUCUGUAUAUACUACUUGUCUUGGAACCAAAAAACAAGAAAAGUGAAGAAAAAAUAUCCAUUCCACCUUCUAUGAGUAUUGGAGCUAAGAAUAUCACUGUGCUGAUAUCAUGUGCUAUACUUUGUGACAGGUGUAUUCUGUGGUUUAUAAAGUCAAACUGUGGGACAGGGUAAAGAGACUAACUGUCUUUAACCAACCUUUGUGUGCUCUAAUGUUGCAUUCGGUUCACACAUGUGGCCAUGUCUUAUCUGCAGCCAACGCCUUCAGUGUAUUUGUUUUACACUGCUAAACUGUUCGAGUCCCAAACGCUGUAUCAUGAGUUUUGAAUAAAUCUGUCAUUUGAUAGACACUGGUGUUCUGAUGAUUUCUGCUUGCAGAACUAUUUGGGGUUGAUAUGA